UGAGGUAAAUUUUGAACCAGAACGAAUUGACAAAAAACUUUUCAGAAUAUUUAGUACACGUGUAUCGCUUCAGAGGUCAAAGAACUGGUACAGCUAAUGUAUUCACUCAUGUUUAAUAUAAUUUAAAGACUAUUAUUUUAGUGUGUAUUAAUUAAAUAUAAUACCACUUCAAGAUAUUUUCAACUAAUGUAUUUACCUCGAUUUCUAAAUUCAGUCAUUAAAAUAAGUACGGGAAGAAGAAUGACUUCACAAUUACCACUGUUCAUUGAAGGCGAAGUUAUCAAAGGUUUUGGGAGAGGAUCUAAAGACUUGGGAUGCUCAACAGCAAACUUUUCCUUGGAAGUAGUAAAAUCUCUACCAAAAGGAACAGAGCCUGGCGUUUACUAUGGGUGGGCGCAGAUUGACUCUAGCCCUGUCCAUAAAAUGGUUACCAAUAUCGGCUGGUGUCCCUUUUAUAACAACAAAGAGAUGUCAAUUGAAACCCAUGUAAUGCACAAAUUUGACACCGACUUUUAUGGUUCAAAUCUCAAAAUAUGUAUAGUUGGUUACUUGAGAGGUGAAAAGAACUUCAAAUCUUUGGAAGACUUGAUAGAAGCUAUUCAACAAGAUAUAAAAAAUGCUGACGAAAAGCUAGAGCAUACAGAUGCAAAAAGUUUAAAAACAGAUACUUUUUGGAACAAAGUACAAUGAGAACUCCAAAUUGAACACCUUUACGUAGUUGAGUACUUUUACGGAUUACGAUUUUAUCAUUUUGACUGCGUUACAGUGUAAAUAAACUACGGUAACUCAUAAGUAAGUUAAGGUAAGGUCAAUCAGGGACAUCAGGGUAGGUAAUUUCGUCAGCCGAGAUAAUUGAGGUAAAUGUGUUUUCUUUAGAUUAUGUACUUACAAGAAAAUGGUAAGUGCAGAGAGAGUUAUGUCUAAGGCGAACUUCCGUGAGGUGUUAAAUAUUUCCGUGGUGAAAUUGCAAUUUGCAUUCGUACCAUGCAUUCUCUUGUAAUUCUAGACUUCUAAAGAAAUACAUAAUAUAUAAUAUAAUAUAUAUAAUAUGUUUAUUGCUUUCACAUUGGUAAAAUUACAGAUGUUCUUAAUCGAUAAUGUAUCACAACAUGACACCCUGUAAGGGUAUUGCAAUUUUAUCUAUCUACUCUAAACUAAUACAUAUGUAAAUUAAACACAGAGAUAACAUUACACAAAAGUUAUACCUAUCUAAGCUAUGUAUUACUUAUAUGUCUAUUUAUGGUAUUUAUUACAAUCAAAAUAUUCUUGUAUAGAAUAAAAACAAUUACUCGUUAAAUAAUUUUUCAAGCAGUUAACAAAUUUAUCAUAUUUUUGCUCUCCCGCUAUUUCCUUUGGGAGACUAUUGAAAAUUCUUAUUGACAUAUUAUAGGGGCUCUUAUUACUUAUUUGUAAGUUACUGGCGGGAAGGGCUAUUUUAUUUUGGUGUCUUAAAUUUAAGGUACAAGUAUUAUGACGAUCUUUAGCUUUUAAAUAUAGGUCAGGAUGUUUUCUUACAAAUUUACAUGUUUCUAAUAUAUAGAGGGAUUGUCGCGAAGAACCGCGAGUAUCAAGCAGUUGGUAAGUUGCACAACAAAUAAUUUAUAGAUUCUAUAUAUCUUCAACCCUGCUUGCAACACUAACCUCUAUAUUGUCGAUGGACAUUAAAAAAAGAAGGUUAGUUCAAGAAGGAGGGAAAAACAAUGUCAGACAAACAAAUAGAUAAAGUUGUGUUGAGUGAGUAAUAAAAUAAAAGAAUAGAUUACCAGCUGUGGUAAGUUUCCUAUACAAUUUCUAUUCUCUAAUGAACCGUAGAAUAAAGCAUAUAACAAGUAUUCAAGUCCGCACUGGACGGUUGUGGAACAGCAAUAUGUAGUACAAGCAAAGUCGAGUGUGAUACUCAUUGCAAGUCAAGUCAAUAUAUCAAGUGAGGCAAUAUCAGGGCAGGUUGUAAGGGGUUGGAGGAGACCUGUGGGGACCUAAAUGGUUCCAACCAAAUAUGACUCGAGUAAGGGUAUGUUACACAAGCGAUCAAUGUAGUGAUUGCACACCUUGCCAUGACCCCGUGUUGUGGCAAGAUUAGUUCCCCGUGAUGUCAAUAGCUCGUCUAGGCGAGGCUAGACCGUAGCCGUGCAGAAGCCACGGGUCGCUCGAGUCAGAUUACAAUGUUAAUAAAUGUUCACAAAGUAUUAUGUAAAUAUUGCAGUUCCAAAACCUAAAUGCAGAUACUUUAUUCAAUAUCAAUUGUUAGUCUUGUCGUCUAUUACAUCCUCAUCAAUAAACGCGGCGACAGGGAUGGUAGAGUUAAAAUAUUAAAUUUUUUAAAGUACGGUCGGCAGCUUUCUUGGUUUUUUAUAUUACUUAAUAUUCUAAUACACCUUUUUUGUAAUAUGAAUAAAUCUGCACUAUUUGUGCUAUUACCCCACAAAUUGAUCCCGUAUUGGAGCCAUGUCUGGGUAAAUGCAUGAUAAGCACUAAGAGCCGUUUUUAACCCUGUGGUUUUUUUAAUAUUUCUGAGGGCAUAAGCAAAGCAUGAUAUUUUCAAGCUAAUUUUAUCUAUAUGCAUUUUCCAAUUGAUAUUCUCGUCAAUGACUAUGCCGAGGAGAUUGCAGUGCUUUAUUGGUUGAAUUUGGGUAUCUAGGUAAGUGAAAUCAAAAUUUAAUGGGGUUCGUUGAUGGGGUCGAAAUUGAAUUAAAUUUGUCUUUUUUAGGUUUAGUUGUAGAUUAUGAUCGCUGAGCCAUUGAAUUACGGUAUCAAAAAUAUUAUUUAACUUAUGAGUUAGAUUGUUACUGUUUGAACAAGAGAAUACUAUAGAUAUAUCAUCGGCAUAUAGGAAACAUUUUGUAUAUUCGGUAUUUAUUAUUUUUGCCAGAUCGUUAAUGUAGAUUAAGAAUAGGAUGCAGCCUAAAACACUGCCCUGAGGAAUAGAACCUGUGAUUUGUCUUUUUUGUGAAAAUGUUUUUAAAAGAGAGUUAGUUGUUUUGUUAAAAUAUUCUAUUUCUACAUACUGUAUUCUGUUUGUCAAGUAUGAUUUGAACCAGUCAUGAGUUGUUCCACGGAUUUCUAUGCCAUACAAUUUAUUUAGGAGAAUAUUAUGUUGUACUCGGUCAUAGGCUUUGCUCAUAUCAAGUAAAAGCCCAAAUGCAUAUCUAUUACAUUUAAGUAGGUACCCGAUUUCAAAAAAACUGGACAAGUGCGAGUCGGACUCGCCCACCGAGGGUUCCGUACUUUUUAGUAUUUGUUGUUAUAGCGACAACAGAAAUACAUCAUCUGCGAAAAUUUCAACUGUCUAGCUUUCACGGUUCAUGAGAUACAGCCUGGUGACAGACAGACAGACAGACGGACAUGUAGUGGUCUUAGUAAUAGGGUCCCGUUUUUACCCUUUGGGUACGGAACCCUAAAAAUAAUACGACCCUUCAGACUGAACACGUAAACUGACUAGGUACCGUCUGGCCGGGGAUUUGUAAAGCGACCGGCGGUUCAUCGACUCUCCGCCAUACCCCACAUACAAACGUUUUCUUAUCCACGCUUUCAAUAAAAAACAUUAUAUUAUUCGGUUAUUUAUAUAUAUCCAUACACAUUGACCUGUAUGCAAUUACAAAUCAACAAUAAUUUACUAAUUACUAAUAUCAUGAGCUUAAUUAUUUAUUACUUAAUGCAAACUUUGAGUUGUUUCCUUAUGCUGGCUAGUAGAAUUCACUUUUAAUGAUGAUUUUGAAUGAUAAAUAAUAAAUAUUUAUUAAAAUAUUUGGUUUGAUAUAAAGUUAGUAUUUACCUCAGGUUGGUGUGGUGAAAAACUGUGUUUCACUCGGUGGCAAAAGCCUUUUAUAGGUAAAUGUUAUUAAUGUAACAUUAGUACCUAUUAUGGAUGUAGUAAUUUGUUUACACCGUAUUGUUAAAUUACGAGGAGGUAUUUAAUAUAUGAAUUGUUGUUUUAUUAAUACAGUUUAUUUUAAUAGUUAAGUUUACACCUAACCGUACCGUUACCGUUCGCUUCAAGUUGGCAGUUACCUCCCGGUGCGCUUCCCCGCGCCUAUCCCUCUGACGCCUUAUCCACUCGGCCACCACAACUUUACAACUACUUUCAUUACCUACAUUUAGUACAAUCACAAAAAUUAUAACAUAAAAUAAGCAUUAAAAAAUAAAGUACACGAUUAUCUUCUGUCGACAGUAAUAGUAAUAAUAAUUGUACCUGUGACAUUAUCAUAUUUUAAUGGUCGCCGACUGCCAACUUAAAGCGAAAGGUAUUAAGUACACAACAAUUUCGUAAGAACUAAAUUCAUUGUAAGAAUUUAUAAUUCCUUAAAUGUGAUAGUUUUAUACAACAUUGUUACAAAAAUACACUACUUAAGUGAAAAUAAAUCGAUCGUUUCAUUUAUUAUUACUGAAUAAAACAUUAUGACUCCCUAUAAAGAUUACAAUAUGCACCAUGGUCUAGAUAGACCAUGGUGCAUGUACAGUAGGCGCUCGUCAAUCCGGCAGUUAGCGUCUUAAAUGGCCCGCUCUAUACUCGGUAGCGUUUGUAUUCGUGCUUUUAUUUCCCAUACAAAUCCACUAAUCCGGCAAAGGGGAAAAAAUCGGAUGCCGGAUUACCGAGCGCCUACUGUAUUGUAUCAAUAAAAUUUCAAUCUUAGUAAUCUGAUUUAAAAUUCAAAUUAGAUUGGGAAAUGUGAUGUCUUCAAAUGAAUUACUAGAACUAUUUUUGCAUUUAAUGGAAAAACCGAUUUUUAAAGUUACUUUGGCACUGUUCAUUUUUGUAAGACUGUUUACACUAACACAAUUUAGUGUGACUCGCGCGGGUUGCAUUGUAGUGUGUGUAUUGUGUAAGUGUAUUUGCUUAAAUAUAAAGACCUAUGUAACCUAUUAUUAUUCAGUAAUAAACAUCUAUUCGAGAA